AUGAGCCUUAUUAAAUAUCUUCCACAGGCCUAUCUAAAUUUCCGUCGAAAAUCCACAGUAGGAUGGAGUAUUCACAACAUUCUAUUAGACUUUACUGGUGGUGUAUUAUCAGCAUUUCAACUAUGUCUUGAUGCUUACUUGACAAAUAAUUGGGGAGGAAUUUCCGGUGAUCCAGUUAAAUUGGGCCUUGGAUUCCUAAGUAUAGCAUUUGAUUUACUUUUUAUGACUCAGCAUUAUAUAUUGUAUCGUGACAGGUAUGAUGAUGCAGUGCGAAAGAACAACACAACAGUUAAUGAUAUUAUAAAUCCUAACCAGGAAAGAGAAAGAUUAUUAGGAAAUGGUAACGGU